AUGAAGGGUGCUGUUGUAUCAGUGUUGCUGAUGAUAGUGAUGGCUCAGCUUUUGGCUAAGCCAGGAGAGGCGGCUGUGACUUGUUCCCAAGUCGAUGCAUCACUGGCUGCAUGCAUUCCCUAUCUCACAGCAGGUGGCACGCCUGCAGCAUCAUGCUGUGAUGGUGUCAAGAAUCUCAAGGCCAUCACCCCUACCACUGCUGACCGCCAAGCCGCCUGCAACUGCGUUAAGAAAGCUGCUGCUCGCUAUCCCAAUAUUAAGGAAGACGCAGCCUCUUCUCUCCCUAACAAGUGCGGCAUUCAAAUGAAUAUUCCUAUCUCAAAGAACACCAACUGUCAAAAGUAAGUUUAACUAAUUAGUCAUACACCUCUACGCAUUCUUGCUCAUGUACAUAUGCUUUCAAAAAAUUGGACAUUGAUUGACAUUUUUCUUUGUGUUUUUGUGUUUGAUAGCAUCAAUUGAGAUGGAUAAAGGCAAGAAGACAUAAUUAAUAAAGCUGGGGGAGCCUUGAGUUGUGCCAUCAGGACUAGAGAGAAUCCGAUACCUACACAUGUUACUUCAUAAUUAGAAAUUUUGCUGUCAUGUUGGUUAAAGCGGCCUAUCACCAAAAUCUUAUUCUCUCUGUCAUCAAAUACAAUUCAUCAACCAAAAAGUUGAUGAAAUUUAUUAAUCUCCCUGCUUCUCUCUC